CUUAUGUAUCUAUUUCCAUAAUACCCUAAAAUCACACAGUGCCGAUUGGAAGACAAAACAACGCCGCCUCAAGAUCAGGAUCAAGAUGUAAACAAAGUGACGUAAGGUUCAGGCGGCGGCGGUAGCCUGCAGUAAGCUUUCAUAACCCAACAAGAUGUACCUUUUAACCAGAACUACCUCGAUUUUCUGCCACACCACGAAAGGGAGACCACUGUGGCGACUCCUGCACCACCACAACACCACAAACACCCACCACACAAGGCGAGAGCACUGCAAUAUACUGACCAAGCGAAGUGGACUCAGUGAAUUAAGAUAUGGGUUGUUGUGGCGGCGUAACUUGACCUGUGGCGUUGUGGUGUUGGGGCAGGCGCGGGGUGGGGCGGGGCAGGGGUCAGGUCAGGGCACGAGGUCAACAUUGUACUACAUAGCGGCCCUGGGUGUGCUGACCCUAGGGUUGAGCUACGCUGCCGUGCCGCUGUACAGGAUAUUCUGCCAGGCAUACAGCUAUGGGGGCACCACUCAGCAGGGCCACGACGCGGAGAAGGUGGGCAGCAUGGAGACAGUGAAGGACAGGAUGCUGAAGAUUAGGUUCAAUGCUGACACUGCUGCCUCUAUGACUUGGAACUUCAGGCCACAGCAGAGGGAGGUGCAGGUUUACCCAGGAGAGACAGCCCUUGCCUUCUAUACCGCCCGCAACCCCACAGAUCGGCCAGUCAUCGGGGUUUCAACUUAUAAUGUAAUACCUUUCGAUGCUGGCCAGUAUUUCAAUAAGAUUCAGUGCUUCUGCUUUGAGGAACAGCAGCUCAACCCACAUGAAGAGGUUCACAUGCCAGUGUUCUUCUACAUUGACCCAGAGUUUGCCGAUGAUCCCAAGAUGGAGAAUAUUGACAUCAUAACUCUCUCCUACACCUUCUUUGAGGCACGGGAGGGAUUGCAGCUCCCCGUACCCCAGUUUGCAAGAUAGAGCUGGAGAGAGAGAGAGAGAGAGAGAGAGAGAGAGAGAGAGAGAGAGAGAGAGAGAGAGAGAGAGAGAGAGAGAGAGAGAGAGAGAGAGAGAGAGAGAGAGAGAGAGAGAGAGAGAGAGAGAGAGAGAGAGAGAGAGAGAGAGAGAGAGAGAGUUUAGUGAGGGAGAGUGUGAGUUUAGUGAAGUGAAAGAAGGAAUAAAAGGAGAGAGAGAGAGAGAGAGAGAGAGAGAAAAUGUAACUUAUUGUUUCUCCUGUUAAUAAUGUAGAAAUCUUGUUAAUCUGCCACUAGAACCAUAAAAACACCCUUAAAAACCCACAUCACUUACUGUUUCUCCAUCUAAUAAUGUAGAAAUCUUAUUAACCUGCCACUAGAACCAUAAAAACACCCUUGAAAACCUGCACACCUUCGUCUAGAGCCUUUUUGAAGUGGAGUCGUGCAAAGAAGUGUGUCAAUGCGGUGCCGAGUGACAGGAACAAUGAACCAGAUACUCAGAUACAAGACAAAUUCACAGCCUCACAGCACACACAGGCUGCACAAAGGACUGUUCCCCUGUACAUACGUGUCACUUGUGUUAUAUAAUGUUAGAGAUGAAAGAAAUGAUUUUAUUAGUUGUUUUUGUUGAUUCCUCUCUCUAUUCCUGGAAACAAAUGAAAAAUGGUAGUUUUGUUAUCAUUUUUUUUAUGAGUCUUUUUGUUAAUUGCCAGUCAAGUGUAUAGAUAAAUAGACUAUUACUACUACUACUACUACUACUACUGCUACUACUAUCCCUUUCCACCAAGAACUAACAGGGCCAUGAGUGUGAAUGAUUGUGUGUGUGUGUGUGUGUGUGUGUGUGUGUGGUGCCUUGUCUGGGCCGCUCCACAUGGGAUUGGCAGCCUGGUACAUAUAUAGAUACACUUGAGUCUAUUGCAAACAUAGAUUUAUAAGUGAACUCUGUAAAUCGUGUAAAUAACUUGUAAAAUUAAAGCUACGAGGAGAUGCGACUGACGGCUGUGUGUGUCUUGUGCCCUGGUUAGGUUAGGAAAAAGUGCAAAGUAGGUGUUCCAAUCAUUUACUUCCCAUUGCACACUGCUAGGCUGGGUGGCUGUGUCCUGCUGCUGCACACACACACACACACACACACACACACACACACACACACACAGACUUACGGUAAUGCUCUCACACACACACAUACAGUAACACUCAUACAUACACACAGACUGAAGGUAAUGCUCUCUCACACACACACACACACACACACACACACACACACACACACACACACACACACACACACACAGAC